UCGCGUCUGCCUGCAAGAUGCCGGCCAAACCUGCACCUAUCAAGAAGUCACCAGUCAAGAAGGCUGCGGAGAAAGCACCUGAGCCCGCUCCACCCGUGGAGGCUCCACCUGCUGAGGCCGCACCUGCUGAAGCUCCUCCAGCCGAGGCAGAAGCAGCUGCCGCCCCUCCAGCAGAAGAAGCUGCUCCAGUUGAACCUGCUGUAGUCGAGGAGCCACCCAAGGCCCCCACACCACCACCUCCUGCAGUCCCCACCAGUGCUCCUGUGGACGUCUCUGUGGAUGAUGUUAACGACUCCAGUCUCACCAUUAAGUGGAAGACACCAGAGACCAUCGGCGACUCGGGCCUGGAUGGAUACGCCAUCGAGUACUGCAAGGAUGGAACAGCAGACUGGGUUGUAGCUAACGAGGAGCUGACUGCAGCUAACCGAUACUGCAUCAAAAACCUGAAAGCGGGUGAUUUGCUGCGUGUGCGCGUGGUGGCUGUAAACCCCGGUGGCCGCAGCGAACCUGGAACACUCGCUGACCCUGUGCCAAUCCGCGAGGUUGUUGACCGUCCCAAGAUCCGCCUGCCUCGGGCUCUCAGGUCCCGCUAUGUCAAGAAAGUCGGGGAGCAGAUCAACCUCGUCAUCCCGUUUCUUGGAAAGCCUAAACCUGCAGUGUCCUGGCUUAAAGAUGGUCAGCCUGUGGAUACCAAGAAGGUCAAUAUCAGGAACAGUGACAAGGACAGCAUCCUGUUCAUCCGCGGCGCUCAGAGGGAGGACUCUGGUGUUUAUGAGAUGACCCUAAAAGUGGACAGCUUUGAAGAUAAAGGCACAAUUACCCUUCAGAUUGUGGAGCGCCCUGGUCCUCCUGUUAGCAUAAAGCUGGUGGAUGCCUGGGGCUUCAAUGCUGCUCUGGAGUGGACUCCACCCAAGGAUAAUGGCAACACAGACAUCACUGGAUACACUGUCCAGAAAGCUGACAAGAAGACUGGGGAAUGGUUCACUGUGCUGGAGCACUAUCACAGGUUGAGUGCCACCAUCUCAGACCUUGUCAUGGGCAACUCGUAUUCCUUUAGAGUGUUUGCUGAAAACAAAGUGGGCGUGAGCGAGAAGAGCACUGUCACAAAGGAAGUGGCCACCAUCCAGAAGACAGGUAUUGUCUACAAACCUCCCGAGUACCCGGAGCACGACUUCAACGAGGCUCCAAAGUUCACCACGGCCCUCAACGACAGAGCCGCCACCGUGGGAUACACCACCAAGCUGCUGUGCUCUGUUCGUGGGAGUCCUAAGCCUAAGAUCGAGUGGUUGAAGAAUCAAAUGAUCAUUGGUGACGACCCCAAGUAUCGUCAGAUCUCCAACCAGGGCAUUUGCUCCCUCGAGAUCCGAAAGCCCUGCAGCUUUGAUGGUGGUGUAUACACCUGCAGAGCUAAAAAUGCCCAGGGAGAGGCCACCGUCUCCUGCAAGCUCGAGGUCAAACAGGUCAUUCUUCCAGAUGCUGAGAAGGGGAAAUAAACUAUUAUCUAAACUUCUAGAGAGGACCAGCAGAAGUCCAGGUCUUAUGUUUUAAGAGUGUUUGAGGAGGUGCAAGCUGGCUGUGCGGCAGUGUGUACAUAAUGAAGAAAUGGGCAGAACACCAUACCAACAUCUCCCUAUCUAUUUCAAAUCAGACACCCUGACUCUCCCACUCCCUCCAGCAUGCAUGGAAGAUCCAGCCCAUCCCCGUUUGUAUGUUAUUUCAGUUGGUGACAUGUAUGUAAAGCUAUAUUUACCAUGUUUUUUCUGUUUGUUAUAGUAAGUAUAUAUAAGGUACAUAUGUACUGCUCAAUGAAACAGUAAAUCCUGGGAGAUGCAAUGCCUGUAGGGAUGUUAAAUAAAGGUUAUGUUUUAUUAUAUGUUAUGUGAUUUUCUUUUUAAAAACAUAAAUUUAAAGAUGCUUACGAUACAGUGUCCCAUUAGAGUUGUCUACAGUUAUUAAGAGAUUCAUAGGAUUUUAAUAAUGAGAUUUCAAGUUGUUAUCAUUUAAUGAAACAGCUCUUUGUAGACUGGUUCUCUGGCAUUUUGAUGAAGUUCUGGUUAUUCUGGUGGCACAGUGGUGAGUACUGUUGUUUCUCAAUAAGACGUUUCUAGCCUUCGUUAAGUUCCUGUUCCUGUUCCUGUGACUUAGUGGGUUUCCAGGCUUCCUCUCACAGCCCAAACAUACAGUUAUGUCCAUUAAUAUUUGGACAGAGACAACUUUUUUCUAAUUUUGCUUCUGUACAUUACCACAAUGAAUUUUAAAUGAAACAAUUCAGAUGCAGUUGAAGUGCAGACCUUCAGCUUUAAUUCAGUGGGUUGAACAAAAAGGUGACUGAUUUGGCAGCUCAAGAAUAUUCCACUUCUUUGCUUUAAUAAACUGUGUUGCUUUGGCUGUA